AAAAAUUCAUGUAACUAUCACAUACCUAGCGGUAAGGGUAAGGGUUUCGGUGUGGAUGAAAAGAAAUAAUUUUCAUCCUAAUCUUAAAUUUAUAGUUCAAUCAAAAGUUAAGGAUGCUGUGAUAAGGAAGAAAAUGUGCAGAGUUAUGUUGGUAGACAAAGUGGUCACAAAUAUUAAAAUAUUUGAGAUUCUGUUAUUGUUUACAAUCAAUCCCAAUAAUAUCACCAUCGCCAUUACUGAAAGCACGUAUAGCAAAAUUAACGGUGUAUACGCGGUUUGAAAGUAGUCUUCGGGGCGAUAUGCUUGUUUUUCGAAAAACUAUGUAAACUUCUUUAAAGAAAAAAUAUUUUUUUCUUUCAAGUUUGGCGGGAGAGCUGGCACGUUUUGUAAUUGUUAAACAGUGAUCUGUCAGCUGUCGUCUGGCCUCCUCGACGCCUGACCCUGGCCGUCCAUUUUUCUGAGGAUUUAAAAAAAUUAGUAGUGCAAUAGUGAAAUUCCUGGUAGUUGUGGUGGCAUUCGAUGAUGCAUUGCGAAUAAGCGCGGAUAUGGAUGGCAUGAGAACGUGCCCAAGCUACGAGGCCGGGUUCGAGGCGUGCGAUCCUUUGCGGUCAGUUUUUGAGUGGUCAGGGCGAGGACCGGCGCGUGUGCUGAGACGGCGCUGCCGCAGCGAAGGUGUCGAUCGGUCUCCAUAUGAGGAUGCGACGAGGGAGUUGCAUAGACCCGAAUAUCGCCAGUGCCGUGCAUUAAAUAAAAGCCACUUUACCUUGAACAACAGUUACGAGCGAUUUGAGAGGUUCGACCACGAGUGCUCACUGCCCGCUGAGAACGGCGACUACGUUAUGGCACACGAAAGUAACUUACGCCAUGGUUACCAGCCAGGAAGAACGAAAUAUCAAAGAACUAGUCCCAUUCGUCCAUUGUUAGUCACCACAUUAUCAAACAAUAAGCUAGAUGACAGCCGUCUACCUAAAGUUGAGGAAUUGCUUGAGAAAGUGGACCAGGAAAUGAUAGAGGUUCCUAUGACCAAACAGCCUUUAAAGUCAAUACUCAAUAAUCCUUUGCCUAAGACACAGCCGCAAAGUAUAUUAAAGAAACCUAAAAAUAGAUCAUAUCAGGAAUCCAAAUCUGCAUUAGAAGGACGCAGGAGACAGAGAGCAUCCAGUGAAUCUGAUAAUUUUUAUUGUAGUUUUCAUCUUGGUUCAUCCUUACCGGGAUAUGAUGGUCACCUUUCAUAUAGAUCUAGUAACAUGAAGCGGGCUAAAGAUAAUUCUGGUACUGGAUAUUCAUAUGGAACUGCUAUAGCCGCUCUCGGUAAUACCCCUAGGGCAAAAUCUCCAACCAACUAUCCUAAGAGCAGAUGCAAUUGUCAAAACCAAGUCAUAGUUACACCUAAAGAUGAAGCAUACAGAGUACAUUUGUUAAGGACGUCCGCAAUAAACAGUGAAACGGUCAAUGAUGUACCUGUUGUUGAUAUGCCUCGUCAAGAGACGCAUACUCCUACGAGACCGGCUCACAGCCCCGCGCUGCCAGUGAGUUCUGUGACACCAACCACCGUCACCAAGAAGAAGAAAAAAAAGAAAACCAAGACGAAGACCACGAUCAGCACUCAAGAGGAAGCUGAUGAUUCUCACAGCCGCUCGCCAUCCCCGGAUCCGACAGUGGACACCUGGAAAAUGGAAACCGAAACGGAAGUAGACAAGACGGACAAACAGCUGCAUAAUGACGCAGACAAAAACCCCGUGGUGAAGCUGGCGACUAAACUCAACGGCACCCUCGUGUCUCCCAAGAAGGCUGCGUCUAAAGAGAAAGUUAUUAACAAGGAUAUGUUCUUGACCACUUUACAUACGACAAAUCCCUUCAAAAAUAUUCCCACUCGGAAAGAAUCACCCCUCCACCUGCCCGAGUCGAUGUCUAACUGUCUCCGGCCGUCUCUGUUCCCGCGAGUGCCUCCAUACCUGAAGUUUAUAAGUCACGAUGACACCGCUCCACUCAAAAUGCCGAUGGCCAUACAGAAACACCUCAAGUGGAAGUUGACCACAAUCACACCGAUAGUUGUCAAGAAGACGUUAACCAACUCGGGGUUCAGAUUGGUCAAGAGCGAGUGCGACACAUCCGAGUGCCCCCAAGAAGAAACCGUGGAUUGGAUCGGUAUAUGGGGAAAACACAUGAAAUCUAUCAUGUUCCGCGCUAUCAAAGACGGGCAGAAGAUGAACCACUUCCCAGGAACCUUCCAGAUAGGACGCAAGGACCGGUUGUGGAGGAACCUACAGAAGUUGGCGUCUAGACACGGGGUCAGCGAGUUCGGUAUCAUGCCCAAAACAUACGUCCUGCCUCACGAUCUGAAAAUAUUGAAACACGACUGGGAGAAGUACGCCGCUAACAACGAGAAGUGGAUCAUAAAACCGCCAGCCUCCGCCCGAGGUACCGGCAUCAAGGUAGUCUCCCGAUGGACUCAGAUACCUAAGAAGAAACCGGUAGUGGUCCAGCGCUACGUGUCCAAGCCGUACCUCAUCAACGGCAGCAAGUUUGACCUUCGCUUGUACGUAUUAGUUACAUCAGUGCAUCCGCUACGAAUAUACCUGUACAAGGAUGGACUGGCCAGAUUUGCUUCAGUGAAGUACAACGACGACAUAACGUCCCUGAACGACAGAUACAUGCACUUGACUAACUACUCCAUCAACAGACUGUCCAAGAACUACACGCCGAACGAGGACUUCGCGGCCUGCGAGGGACACAAGUGGACUCUGCAAACUCUAUUCCAAUACCUUAAGACUGAACAGAAAGUUGACACAGAGUUGUUAUGGGAGUCCAUAAAGGACCUGGUGAUAAAGACGAUCAUAUCCGGAGAGGCCAGCAUCAGCUCCUUGACCAAGGCCAAUAUAACGUCACGAUACAAUUGUUACGAGCUAUUCGGCAUUGAUGUACUCUUGGACGAAGAUCUCAAACCUUGGCUGCUGGAGGUGAACAUAUCACCCAGUCUUCACUCAGCGUCACCCCUGGAUACUCACGUGAAAGGUCCUUUAGUUCGAACAGUGCUGAACGUGGCGCAGUUCCAUGUGCCGCCUCGCACCAGCCUCGACGCCCUCGCCAGGGAACACGGCCGACUGAAUGGUUUGCCGUACGACAGUAGACUGUAUACGGUGUAUCUGUCGAAGGAAGAACGCGAUAAACAUAUUAUAUACACACACAUGGAAGACAGAGAUCUGUAUCUAAGGGACAUCUUAUCAACCUUGACCCCCGACGAUGUCCGACACCUCAUACAAGCUGAAGACGAACUGACGCAGAUAGACUCCAUGGAGCGAGUGUUCCCUACAAAGAACACGCAUAAAUACCUGACCUUCCUGGUAGGGCCACGGUACUAUAACAGACUGUUCGACGCCUGGGAGAGCAGAUACUGCGACUAUAGAGAACCAGGCAUCGAGCUGUUGCGUAAUCUCUGCGACAUCGGCUACCACCUGGAGGUGCCCCCCGUACCGUUAAAGAAUGACGUGGACGCACCGUCGCCGCCCGCCUCGGAGAAGCGCUCAAUACCAUCCCUGGCGUCGGAGCUCUCGUCCGCUGGUUCGCUGGCCUGCGUCAUCAUCCCGCCGGCAGCCGCUACCACCGCGCCGCCGCCGCGGGCCUAGCGAGCCCGACCACAACAUGAACCAGCUCAAAGACCUCGACAACGACACCGAUGACAGAUAGAAACAUCGAUCUCAUCGGAAUAAUGGAUCAUGUCAGUCAUUAUGAUUAGAUUUUUAUGAAAUGAAAACUAUGUUCAGUGUAUUCGAUCGGUGAUGAAAAAAAAAAAUGAAAUUAUUCCUAGUAAUAAAUUUACAUUGUUUCGCCCUAUAUCUCUGGUUGCGAUUGUGAUCGAAAUUAAAAUUAUUAAGUGCUGUAAAAUUUAAAUGUAAAGAAAAUGAUAUCCGUAAUCAUGGAGUAUGUGAAAUUGUAUUAAAAAAAUACUAAAAUAUAAAGUAAAACUAUUUUAAAAAAUUGUAAGCGGUUUUAAAAAAUAUAAAUAUUAUAUUCCUAUACAGGAUCGCAUGACGCGUUUUAAAAAAAAUGUUUCACUUUUACCUGACGCCUCGUGUGAUCUUAACUAAGAUUGUUCAGGAGCUUAUUUUUAAAGUUAGUUGUAAUUUUCACUUCAGAUGUUAUUAAGAUUGACUUUCAAGGCUUUCAAGAUUGAUUUUGUUAAUCGACAUUCCCGAAGCUUAUCUGAUUGUUUAUCUUACAAUUAAUAUAUGAAAAAGACAAAUCUAAUGUGACAGCUCGAUUAUUAAUAGUAACGCGGUUGUUUCUUCGCCUUAAGUUUGAAAUUGUGACAUUUUUUGGACUUUUGAAUGGAAUGUCAAUGUCAAGUUUUCAAUAUAGUGAUGUGUUCAUUGUAUACCUAGUAUUGCUAGCUUAGUGAGUUGUUGGGAGUGACGUCAUCGAGUCGUUCACUUGUCUCACAUCGAUAUUAAAUCCCUCGUGUAUAUAUAUAUUGGUAAUUGAAUCGAUAUUAAUUAUAAAGUUCAUUCCUCUAUUAAAUUGAACAUUACGUGUUCCGAUUUAGCGUAUUUAUUUUAAUAAUCUAUUAAGAUGUGUUGCCAGUACAAUGACGAAUGUUCUUAUCAUAUAUUCAAACAUAAUUCAAUCUGAAUGAGCCGCUAAGUCAGUGAUCUUUGAAACGAAAUUCUAAUGUAACAUUUGGGAGAGCAUGACAGACAAUAUUAUUCUAUACUAUGAAAUUAGUUUAAGUAAAUAAAUGUAAAAAAAAAAAAAACAGUUGUAAUAUGCUUCGCGAUCCCGUGUUUAUCAUUCGUCUGAACAAUAUCGUUUGUAUUGGCAUUAUAAAUUUAAGCAAAUUGUUUAUCGUAGUCAUGGAUAUGUCAUCCAGGGACUGAUUUUCUAAGUACCGUUAAUUCGUUAGUGGUUUUUGUGUAAGCCAUUCAAUGUAUGCCCCUAGAUUUAAUGUUAUAGUACUGACAUAUAUUUUUAAAUCUGUUAUAUUGGAAUUCUCUGAUGAAAUGGUAGUUUAAAGAAAAAAUUAACAACCAAAGAGAUGUCAGUGUAAAAAACGAAGCAAUUCCUCAACAUUGCCUUUACUCAAUCUGAACAAUUAAAUAAUAAAUACAUCAGCAUUUA